CGGCACGAAAGCUGCUCAGCCUAAUCGCGCAUGAGUAUAUGACAAAGUGUGCUGCCCUUGAGGGACUGCACCAUUCCUGGCAGCCUUUUCUAUCAUUGUUCAAUAUGCAUCGAAAACCUGUGCCCGCCAGACCAGCAGCUGUCUUCGGGCCUGACACUGCAAUUACAGGCUCUCUGAACAGCUCCAGUGUUGCAACGAGUACUCCGCCCGUUGUCAAAGAUGACCGUCCGCAAUCCAAAACGGCCAGUCCCGAGCUUCGCGGGCCGAUAUGGCGUACCCGUGCUACUAUCACGAUGUGUCUCGCCCUUGCGGCUGGUACACUGCUUGCGACCGCCCAUCACCUUGUUUAUGCAUACUACAGUGGGAGAGCCGUUCAGAAUUCCAUUGGCCAGCAAUGGAUCAACCGCAUAGGCACGGCGUUUGCAUUUCUGGUCAAAACUGCUCUGGUUAUUGCUGUGGGCUCAGCCUAUGUUCAGAGACAAUGGUAUAAACUUGGGACGAGGUCUUAUCGCAUCGCACAGGUCGACGUGCUGUUCGGCGUGCUUGGUGACGCAACACUAUUUCUGUCAGGACUAUGGUUCGAAAAUGGUCUUUUGGGCCUCCUUGCUCUAUCUUGCUGGCUCCUACCAUUUGCUGCGAUUGUUACCCCAGGAACUCUGACUGUGGAUCUAACUCCACAAGUGGAUAUGCAUCCAGUUCAGGUUGCGCAACAUCAAUUCAACUACUCAACGUACGCCAUUACGCAAAGCAUAGGGAACACGUAUCAUAGCGCCAGCACCGAAGUCAGCCGUAUCGCGAUCGCCACCGCAACAUCAGGACAGGUUCUAUCAAUCCCAAGUCACUACCAGAACGAGUCAUAUACUCUUAAUUUCUUCGGCCCUGCUGUCGACUGUUUCCGUAACAGCACGAUUCUGUCACAGAUGGAGAAUUCGUGGGCCACGAACGGGACAAUGAACGAAAACAAACUUGUGUUUGCGUCGUGGGUACCGAGCGAUGAAGCGCAUGCGGGACCGCCAUGGGAUUUCGAGUCGAAUGAGGCUUAUGAGACAGUCGAUAACACAAACAAUAUGGGCGGCGUAGCUCCUGAUUAUCUGACACCAACGUUCCCUUUACGUCUCUUCCUCUUCGCCAGCGACGGUCUGAGACCAGAAAGCACCACUGAGAGUGUCACUGAAUGUGUUCUUCACAACGCUUCAUACACUGUCGAUUUCGACUUCACCUGGCCCAAUCAGGAUGUUCGACUACGGCAGCUAGCGCUCAAGGAAACGAUUAUUACCGAUGAUGAUCAGGACCUGAUGAGCGUCGCAGGAAGUUACGUUUUGUCCUACAGCGACCCGUACCUAUCGAACCGACGACUCUCAUAUAAAGCAAUCAUGGACGCCUUUGGAUCUAUAUUCGUGGGUGAAGCCACCUACUCUCAUUACGGUGUUACCAUACCCAGCGGAGGAAGCCGUUACUCGCAAACAGCCGUCGACUGGACGAACUCUGAGACUAUACAACGAUCGCUCGAAGGUCUGUUCCACAACAUCACUCUCGGUUUACUGAGCUCGAAGCAGCUUGUCAUGAACGAUACCGUGGCGCCCUUCGUGAACGUCUCCGUCACAACAUAUCCGAACAAGUAUACCUACGACGCCUUCGAUCUCUGGUUGUCCUAUGGUAUUGCCAUCGGCGUGACACUGCUCUGUGUCGCCUUUGGACUCGAGGCCAUUGUUCGAAACCAGGCGACGUAUAGUAAUCGCUUCUCAACCAUUUUGAGGACGACCAGAAAUUCAGCAUUUGACGAUCUGGUCGGCGAGAACGAUGACGGAUCUGAUCCGUUGCCAACAAGUAUUGGAGAAGCGAUAUUGUUACACGAGGCAAACAGGCAGAGACAGGGUAGAGAGAAGAAAUCUACCGGCACGAAGAGUCCACAGUUUGUGGAGGAACGACUGCUGCCGUAGCGACCAUUUAUUCAACGAUCUUGUGAGCGUUCGUGAAUCCCAAUCGCUGCCGCGGAAAAGCAUUGGCUUCUCAUCGGCGACUGUUGAUGAUAAUCUCUUCCACGACAUCCAAUCUGGUCAUCUUCUUGAGCAUACCUUCAAACAUACUCGAGGGCAGGUGAGAGGGGAUAAGCGGUGUUUAAAAGCGGCGCCCAUUGGGUGAGGCGCGGGUGAGCUCGGCGUCGAAAAGCCUUUCU